AUGCCUGAUCAAGACAAAAAGGUGAAGAUCACGGAGAAAUCAACAGAUAAAAAACAGCAAGGAAUCGUCGCCAGGGACUAUUCAGAUCUUAAAAGACUUCGGUGCCUUUUGAACGUUCAGUCAAGCAAACAACAGCUUCCAGCCAUUAACUUCGAUAGUGCCCAAAAUAGCAUGACGAAGUCUGAGCCCACCAUCAAGGUGGGUGGAUACAGAGCUCGAGGUCAGUGGCAUGAGUCCACAGAAGCUGUUGAACUUGAAAAUUUUAGUAUAAACUACAAGAAUGAGAGAAAUUUCAGCAAACAUCCACAGCAUAAACUAUUUCAGGAGAUCUUUACAGCCUUGGUGAAAAAUAGACUCAUCUGCAGAGAGUGGGUUAAUCGAGCCCCAUCUAUUCAUUUUCUGAGAGUGUUAAUCUGUCUGAGGCUACUAAUGAGGGAUCCAUGUUACCAGGAAUUGCUCCAUAACUUGGGUGGGAUCGGAGACCUAGCUCAGUACAUGGAGAUUGUGGCCAAUGAGUACCUUGGCUAUGGAGAAGAGCAGCACAGUGUGGACAAGCUGGUCAACAUGACAUAUAUUUUUCAAAAACUUGCUGCUGUAAAAGACCAAAGAGAAUGGGUUACUACAAGUGGAGCCCACAAGACAUUAGUAAAUUUACUUGGUGCCCGAGAUACAAAUGUUCUGUUGGGUUCCCUUCUGGCUCUGGCUAGUUUAGCAGAAAGUCCAGAAUGUAGGGAGAAGAUAAGUGAACUCAACAUUGUAGAAAAUCUAUUGAUGAUUUUACAUGAGUAUGACUUGCUUUCCAAAAGACUAACUGCGGAGUUGCUGCGCCUACUUUGUGCCGAACCCCAGGUGAAAGAGCAGGUGAAGCUCUAUGAGGGGAUUCCUGUCCUCCUCAGUCUGCUCCACUCUGACCACUUGAAGCUGCUCUGGAGUGUUGUGUGGAUUCUGGUCCAGGUUUGUGAGGACCCUGAGACCAGUGUGGAAAUUCGCAUUUGGGGAGGCAUCAAGCAGCUUCUUCAUAUUUUAAGAGGAGACAGAAAUUUUGUUUCUGACCGUUCUUCCAUUGGAAGCCUGUCUAGUGCAAAUGCUGCCGGGCGAAUCCCGCAGCUUCAUUUAUCAGAUGAUUUAAGCCCUCAGGAAAUACAAGAAAAUACUUUCUCUCUUCAAGCAGCCUGCUGCGCUGCCCUCACUGAACUGGUGCUCAAUGACACCAACGCACACCAGGUGGUUCAGGAAAAUGGUGUAUAUACAAUAGCAAAAUUAAUUUUACCAAAUAAACAAAAGAAUGCAGCAAAAACAAAUCUUUUACAGUGUUAUGCUUUCAGAGCCUUGAGGUUUCUCUUCAGUAUGGAAAGAAACAGACCACUCUUUAAAAGACUUUUCCCCACGGACUUGUUUGAGAUUUUCAUUGACAUAGGACAUUAUGUUCGUGAUAUCAGUGCUUAUGAAGAAUUAGUAUCAAAGUUGAACUUAUUAGUGGAGGAUGAACUGAAGCAAAUUGCUGAAAACAUUGAAAGCAUUAAUCAGAACAAAGCUCCUUCGAAAUACAUAGGCAACUAUGCGAUUUUGGAUCAUCUCGGAAGUGGAGCUUUUGGCUGUGUUUACAAGGUUAGAAAGCGAAGCGGUCAAAAUCUUUUAGCAAUGAAAGAGGUCAAUUUGCAUAACCCAGCAUUUGGAAAAGAUAAAAAAGAUCGAGACAGCAGUGUAAAGAAUAUUGUUUCUGAAUUAACAAUAAUUAAAGAGCAGCUUUACCAUCCCAAUGUUGUACGCUAUUACAAAACAUUUCUGGAAAAUGAUAGACUGUACAUAGUUAUGGAGCUUAUUGAAGGAGCCCCACUUGGAGAACAUUUCAGUUCUUUGAAGGAAAAACAACACCAUUUCACUGAAGAAAGACUAUGGAAAAUAUUUAUACAGCUGUGUUUAGCUCUUCGAUACUUACACAAGGAGAAGAGGAUUGUUCAUAGAGAUCUGACGCCAAACAACAUUAUGUUGGGGGAUAAGGAUAAAGUAACAGUUACUGACUUUGGCCUGGCAAAGCAAAAACAAGAAAACAGUAAACUCACAUCUGUUGUUGGAACAAUCCUGUAUUCUUGCCCUGAGGUACUGAAGAGUGAGCCAUAUGGGGAGAAGGCUGACGUCUGGGCAGCAGGUUGCAUCCUUUAUCAGAUGGCAACUCUGAAUCCUCCCUUCUACAGCACCAACAUGCUGUCUUUGGCUACGAAAAUAGUGGAAGCGGUCUAUGAACCAGUGCCAGAAGGUAUCUACUCUGAAAAAGUGACAGACACCAUUGGCAGGUGCCUCACUCCUGAUGCAGAAGCCCGUCCAGAUAUUGUAGAAGUCAGUUCGAUGAUAUCAGAUGUUAUGAUGAAAUAUUUAGAUGACUUAUCUACAUCCCAACUCGCCUUGGAGAAGAAGCUGGAACGGGAACGGAGGCGCACACAGAGGUAUUUCAUGGAAGCCAACCGGAAUGCUGUCACAUGUCACCAUGAGCUGGCUCUGCUGUCUCACGAAACCUUUGAGAAAGCAAGCUUGAGUAGCAGCAGCAGUGGAGCAGCCAGCCUGAAAAGCGAACUUUCAGAAAGCGCAGACCUGCCCCCUGAGGGCUUCCAGGCCCCCUGUGGUAAGGAUGAAGACAGGGCCUGUGAUGAAAUCCUGUCGGAGGAUAACUUCAACCUGGAAAAUAUUGAGAAAGAUAUAUAUUCAGAGCUUGAUGAUGAAUUGGACAUUUCGGAUAACUCCAGCAGCUCCAGUUCCAGCCCUCUGAAAGAAUCUACCUUCAGCAUUUUAAAGAGAAGUUUUAGUGCUUCAGGAGGAGAAAGACAAUCCCAAACAAGGGACUUUCCUGGUGGAAUAGGAUCAAGACCAAGACCAGCUUUGCUGCCUCUUGACCUGCUUCUGAAAGUGCCACCCCUCAUGCUCAGGGCCCACGUUAAGGAAGUAGAGACCGAGUUAGUGACAGGGUGGCAGUCCCACAGCCUUCCUGCUGUGAUUCUUCGAAAUCUCAAAGAUCAUGGGCCACAGAUGAGCACAUUCUUGUGGCAAGCAUCUGCAGGAAUUGCUGUGUCCCAGAGGAAAGUACGUCAGAUCAGUGAUCCUAUUCAGCAGAUACUAAUUCAGCUGCACAAAAUCAUCUACAUCACACAGCUUCCUCCAGCUCUGCACCACAAUUUGAAAAGAAGGAUAAUAGAGAGAUUCAAGAAAUCCCUCUUCAGCCAUCAGAGUAACCCUUGUAAUUUGAAAUCUGAAAUUAAAAAGUUAUCUCAGGGAUCUCCAGAACCAAUCGAGCCCAACUUUUUCACAGCAGAUUACCACUUAUUACAUCACUCAUCAGGGGGAAACAGCCUGUUCCCGAAUGACCUGACAGGUCUACCCACCAGCUUUGAUUUGGAGGAGGGAAUAACAUAUGAACAGAUGCAGACUGUGAUUGAAGAAGUCCUAGAGGAAAGUGGCUAUUACAAUUUUAUAUCUAAAAGGUAUCAUUCCUACCCUUGGGGGACCAAGAAUCAUCCAACCAAAAGAUGA